GGUUGGAUAACUGUUCCCCUAAUUCGGGUUAAAAAUAAGACUGGUGGGCUGGGUGACUGGGCAAGCAAGGCCAGAAAGGUUGAAAAGUGGGAGUGGCACAGCUGAAGAAAGGGAAGGUGGGGAAAAAAAAAAAAAAGAAAGAAGAAUGGAAGCAGUAGAAACGAGUGAUGAAUCUUUGAGUGGGCAAGUAGAAAUAUGGCAACACAUGUUUAGCUUUGCAGAUUCAAUGGCAUUAAAGUGUGCUGUUGAACUCCGUAUAGCUGACAUUAUCAACUCUCACGGUAGAGCCAUCACUUUGUCUCAAUUAGCUUCAUCUAUUGGCUCAACUUCCCCGGGUAUCUCUUAUCUCUCACGCAUCAUGAGGUUGCUUGUCCACAAGAAAAUCUUUGCUGCACAUCAUGAUUUGAACGGUGAAGGGGAGACCCUCUACGGGCUAACCAACUCAUCCAGAUGGCUUUUACGUGAAUCCGAGCUAAGCCUGGCACCACUGAUAUUAAUGGAGAAUCAUCCAAUGCUAAUGGCUCCUUGGCACUGUUUUAGCCAAUGUGUGAAAGACGGUGGUAUCGCUUUCAAGAUAGCUCAUGGCAAACAGAUCUGGGAUAUCGCUUUACAGAAUCCUGAGUUUAACAAGUUGUUCAACGACGGCUUGGCCUGUACGUCCAAGAUCAUUGCUAGAGCAAUUAUAUCAGGAUACAAAGAUGGGUUUAUUAGCAUUAAUGGAUCCUUGGUGGAUGUAGGAGGCGGCACUGGGAAUCUUAUCGCUGAGAUUGUGAAAUCGUAUCCACAUAUUAAAGGAAUUAACUUUGAUUUGCCUCAUGUUAUUUCCACAGCUCCCAUGUUUGAUGGUAUCUCUCAUGUUGAAGGGGACAUGUUUCAAGCCAUCCCCAAAGCUGAUGCAGUUAUAAUGAAGUGGGUACUGCAUGAUUGGGGCGAUGAAGAUUGCGUGAAGAUUUUAAGAAAUUGUCGAAAGGCAAUUCCAGAGAACACAGGAAAGGUGAUAAUAACUGAGAUUGUUGUGAGACCUGAUGGCAACUGCCUAUCCGAUGACACGGGACUGGCUUUAGAUUUACUGAUGAUAGCUCACAGCUCGGGCGGAAAAGAGAGGACUGAGUUUGAAUGGAAGAAAAUAUUACAGGAAGGCGGCUUCCCUCGAUACAAUAUUAUCAACAUUCCUGCAAUACCCUGCAUUAUUGAGGCCUUCCCUGAAUAAAUAAACAAAAUCAAACUCCACCAUGUUUUCUGUUGUUGUUCUAAAUAAAGUGUCGGUUAAUUUGCUUAAUAA